AUGCCUCGCCAACUCCUUUCCGAUUUUUGUGACGAGUUCCGCGAGUGGGUUGACAAGAACAAACUCCAAGGAACGUGCCUCGGCGAUCCGACCCAACCCGUGCCCCGAUACUUUGUUCCACCGGAGGCGUUGGAGGAGUACUGGACCGGCGACGACAACAACAAACUCAGCCGCCUGCUAGUGGACGCCCUAGACCUCAAUGUCCUGUUGGACAACGUGCGAGAGAGGCUUCUUUGCACCUUGUCCACGUUGCUGUACAUCUCCGACAAGUCCUGCUCCCGGGUCCGCAAUAUCGAGCACAUCCACAGGGACCUUGAGACUGGCAUUUCGGACAAGAGCCUCCCCGUGGACCGUGAUGGCCGCCUUAGGACUGCAUUCCCGAACGAUCCCGAUACAGCCGAUCGAUUCUACCACGAGCAGUUCUUGUUCUGUCCAGUAGUACCUACUACUUGGGAUACCAAUCUUUCGCCCAACGCAGUGUUACCCCUCCAAUUCGACCAGUCCUUGCAAAAGGGGGAUGAUGACUCCACACCGACACUCGCAAAAUACAGGCCUCAUUCGGGGUUUGAACUCCAGGACAAGUUAUACGUGCUGAAGCAGUUCCCGCCGGAGGAAUUAGGAGAAAGUUACACGGCCGAGCGCAACAUGUAUCGCCGUCUGGGCCAGUACAACGAAUGUUCCAAUGACAACCCGGCGCAAUAUUUCCUGAAGUGCCCUAUGGCCUUCCGGCAGAACGGACGAGCCGCUCUCCUCCUUGAGUACGCGGACGGUGGGAGCCUUGAGGAUAUGUUCCACCGCAACAACAGACCCUUUACACGCCAGGGGGUGUUGGAUAUGUGGGACGAGCUCGUCAAACUGUUCAGAGCCUUGCACUCCCUGCACCAAAUAAACACGUACACUAAACCAGCAGCAUUCACAUAUCUUCACCAAGAUAUCAAGCCGGGAAACAUACUGGUCUUCUGGGACCCUGGCGACUACAACUCGCCGGCUCGGGGCGAGUACGGAACGACGAAGUGCUGCUUCAAGCUUGCCGACUUUGGCCAGAGCUGCGAGGUCAAGGAUCCGCUAAACCGAGCGGCACCGUACAACCCCGGCAACCGGACCUACAGCGCCCCCGCGCACUUCGCGCACGACAAGCAUGUGGGAAGCACAGGCCGGCCGGCAAGCAAGGAGACAGACAUCUGGUCUCUAGUCUGCGUCUUAUUUGAGACGGCCGUAUGGAUUACAGGUGGCGAGGCCGCUAGGCUCGCCUUCCAGCGCGCGCGCGUCCAAGAGAACAAGGCGAACAAUCCGGGCCUUGUGGCCGGGGGUUACGAAGAUUCCUUCCACAACGGCCUAGUGCGGCUCAAGGCACUCGAAGAUGCUAGGAUGCAAAUCGAAGAAAGCUCGAUGAAGUGUGACGAUAUCACUAUCGAUAUUGUCGACCACCUCCUGGACAACAUCCUCCGAGAGCCAUCAUGCAUGCCUCCAGCAGACUACACCUCGAACAAAAUCCAGCUUAUCAUCAACAAGCACAGACACUGCACCAAGGGAACAGCGGCGCCCGUCACGCCUUUGACGCCAAACAACAGAAGCUGUCCCACUAUGUCGCCGCCCGGUGCCACCGGCUUGAGUGAUAGCCCCGAAUUGAUCUCAGGAUCUAGGUCCAGUGUUCUUCAGCCUGCCUGGCGAAAUGGGCAGCAGACCAGGCACAGCACCAUGCAGCUCCAGACAUCUAUGUCCCCUCUAUACCCCGACCAUCAUCCCACACCGAAUUCCACGCGCUCCGAUCCGGACUCUGCUGCUAGAGAACACCUGCUGAACCAGGGCCCUGCCAUUUCGAUCCCACCCUCACCAUCGCCCACCAACACGGCGCUAGGCUACGGCUCGACAGACAGUACCGCGUGGAAUGGCCAGGCGGGCCAUCGCGGCUACACGCAACCAGGUGGUUCAGCACCAGGGCCCCCAUCACCGCUGUACUUGUCACCCCCGCCGCACCCCUCAGCGGCAAGCCCAUGGGCACCUCAACGCUCGUGGAGUCCGCAGCCGCUAAAGCACCCACAUGUGACCAUCGAAACGGUGUGCGCCUACCGAAAAAAUAAGAAAAGGGAGGACAAGAAUAUCCAGUCACUGAUCGAGGAGGUCAAGGGCCACUUCCAGGGAAGAGACCAGGUCAGUUUAACUCACCGUUUGCGCUGCUGGAGACAUAUUCUGUGCCCUGAUGCCUUUCCACGCAAGGGCCCGCCCACUGACAGCAUUCCUAGGUCAUCCUCAUCGACGACCACCCCUCAAUGA